GGCUGUGGAGUUCCACCAGUCUGCCCAGACACUUGCUGUAGUCACAUCGUGUUUCUCGCUAAUUUCCUGAUACUCAUAAAACAUUACAAACGCGAGUGACUGUGAAAAACGAGCCAAGUUUUGCUUCAAGGUCACCCGCUGAAGUUCUUAUCCAACCGUAGGUAAAUCUUUAUUGGCGAGUUGCGUGAAGAAAUGAGUUUUAACAAAUACUCCAUAAUCAAGCUCGCAGACUUCUUCAGAUUACGACGUGAAACUUCUCGUUAAAGUAAAGAGGACUCAAAAGCCACUAUGACUUCUCAGAAUAGAAUUGUAUUUACCAAAUUACUGUUGUGUUGCUUUGUGACCGCGGCAUGGGCAAGAUCAUGGGCGAACCACCAUGACACAACAACAUCAACAACUCACACUACUCCAACUACUAGUCAAUUACCUAAAAACUUCCACAAUGAUCCGCUCAUCGUCGAAACGAAAAGCGGUCUUGUCAAGGGCUACGCCAAAACUGUGAUGGGUAGUGAAGUACAUAUAUUCACAGGUAUUCCCUUUGCUAAACCACCACUAGGACCCCUGCGGUUUCGUAAACCUGUCCCCAUAGAGCCAUGGCAUGGCGUUCUCGAAGCCACAUCCAUGCCAAACAGUUGCUACCAAGAAAGAUAUGAAUAUUUCCCUGGCUUCGAAGGUGAAGAAAUGUGGAAUCCAAAUACUAAUAUCUCGGAAGAUUGUCUGUAUUUAAACAUCUGGGUACCGCAGCAUUUGCGAGUACGGCAUCAUCAGGACAAGCCCUUAGCUGAAAGACCAAAUGUUCCGAUUCUUGUUUGGAUAUACGGUGGCGGGUACAUGAGUGGUACAGCUACACUUGACCUCUAUAAGGCGGACAUAAUGGCUGCAUCUAGUGAUGUAAUAGUGGCGUCUAUGCAAUAUAGAGUUGGCGCUUUCGGAUUUUUAUAUUUGAACAAAUUCUUUUCCCCCGGUAGCGAAGAAGCCCCAGGGAACAUGGGCUUGUGGGAUCAACAACUGGCUAUUCGUUGGAUCAAAGAUAACGCACAAGCGUUCGGCGGCGAUCCUGAGUUGAUAACGUUGUUCGGAGAAUCCGCUGGCGGCGGCAGCGUAAGUUUACACAUGCUCUCUCCUGAAAUGAAAGGAUUGUUCAAAAGAGGAAUAUUGCAAUCAGGGACUCUGAAUGCACCGUGGAGUUGGAUGACCGGUCAGCGAGCUCAGGAAAUUGGAAAAGUUUUGAUCGACGAUUGCAACUGUAAUAGCAGCCUUUUGGCGGCGGAUCCGAGUCUAGUGAUGGAUUGCAUGCGCGGAGUGGAUGCUAAAACUAUAUCUGUGCAACAAUGGAAUUCAUACACUGGUAUAUUAGGCUUUCCGUCUGCACCUACUGUUGAUGGCAUAUUCCUCCCGAAAGAUCCUGAAACAAUGAUGAAAGAGGGCUAUUUUCAUAACACCGAAGUGCUGCUGGGAAGCAAUCAAGACGAAGGAACUUACUUUUUGCUGUACGACUUUCUUGAUUACUUCGAGAAAGAUGGGCCCAGUUUUCUUCAACGUGAAAAGUUCUUAGAAAUCAUAGACACAAUUUUCAAAGAGUUCUCAAAGAUAAAACGAGAAGCCAUCGUGUUUCAAUACACCGACUGGGAGGAGAUAACGGAUGGUUAUUUGAACCAAAAGAUGAUUGCAGAUGUUGUUGCCGAUUACUUUUUCGUCUGCCCGACAAAUUAUUUCGCUGAAGUACUUGCUGAUGCUGAAGUUGAUGUCUACUAUUAUUACUUUACACAUCGUACCAGCACCAGCCUUUGGGGUGAAUGGAUGGGAGUGAUGCAUGGUGAUGAGAUGGAGUAUGUGUUUGGCCAUCCCCUAAACAUGUCCUUGCAGUACCAUACUAGGGAACGAGACCUCGCUGCUCACAUUAUGCAGUCCUUUACAAGAUUUGCGCUCACUGGCAAGCCUCACAAACCGGAUGAGAAGUGGCCACUAUACUCCCGGUCAUCGCCUCAUUACUACACAUAUACGGCUGAUGGCCCGAGCGGACCCGCCGCCCCACGGGGACCACGUGCGUCGGCUUGUGCAUUCUGGAAUGACUUCCUGCUAAAACUCGAUGAGUUGGAGCAUGUACCAUGUGACGGAGCGGUAACAGGGCCGUACAGUAGCGUCGCCGGCACUACUCUACCAAUAGUACUACUCACCACCCUUGCUACUACCGCAGCCCUCUAAAUUCCCUAACACAGUAGAAAAUUACACUUAGCGGGGGAGCUUGCUUGAAUAGAUCCAACUACUUACUAGAUAAGAUAUAUGACACAUUUAAAAAAAAUACUGUUGGCGAUUAACAUAACGUUACACUAUUAUGACAAAAAAUUUAAGAUUCAAAUGUCGUUACUAUAAUGGCUUUAAAUCAUUGUAUUAAAAUUACAGUAAAUUGGAUUAACACUCAUUAAUGAACGCUUUGUGUAGAUUGGUAUCAAACCAAUCGAAAAUUUCGUUCCGUAGAGUGAAAUAAA